AUGGAGUCCAGGGGGAAGGCAACCAGCAGCCCCAAGCCCGACACGAAGGCUCCGCAGGCGGCUGCUGAGGCCAGAGCCCCGCCAGCUGUGGAUGGGAAAGCCCCCUCAGCUAAGCCUGGGAAGAAGGAGGCCCAAGCAGAGAAGCAAGAGUCCCCAGCGGCCCCCACCCCAACUGCCAAGAAGACCGCGGCCAAGGCAGACCCUACCCUUCUCAAUAACCACAGCAACCUGAAGCUGGCCCCCGCAGCCCCCAGCAGCCCCGAGGCCGCCCCUGAGCCCAAGGGCCCUGGGGAUGGGGCUGAGGAGGAUGACGCCCCCAGCGGGGGUCCCGGGGGCCAAGGCCCUUGCCCCUUUGAGAACUUGACCCCCCUGCUGGUGGCUGGGGGUGUGGCCAUGGCAGCCGUAGCCCUAAUUCUUGGUGUGGCCUUCCUGGCCCGGAAAAAAUGA